CAAUUCCUAUAAUCUGACAUGUGAUAAAAUUCAAUGUUCUAUUGCUCUACUCAAGUAUGUUUUCGAAUAUAAAUAAUGGUUUUCAAGUUUUACUGAAAAUUGGGGCAUCCUUGAGAAAGACAGAGAGAUUAUUUUUGUUCUAAAUUAUAUAAGAAUUGUGGAAAUGAAUAUCAUUUUGGCGUACCUACUAUUUUUUUCAUGCAGAUAUUUUGAACGAGUAAGAAUAAGAAUAUUGAAGGGCCUGAGGGACCUUAGAUAGGUACCAAAUUAGUGGUGACAUUCAAAGAUAAUUGAUAAUUAAUAGUGUUAUUGUAUAUGACAAGUUGAUUUUGAUUUUCGAAGAAAUGGCCUAAACAACAUCCUUUACUUCCCUGUAUGGACAACACUGCUCAUCUUAUGAUGUAUCAUCCAGAUUUUUCAGCGUACGGCAGGCCAGCUAUGUUUUUCGAUCGCAGAGGGAAUUUGGUACAGCCACCAGUUUGGCACACACCCCAGUUCUUACAGCCACCGAUCCUCCAUCCCAGACAACAGUUUCAUCAGAAUAUUCCUGAUGAAGCUACCAUCAGUCUUCAUUACAAUAAUGUGCAGCAACCUAACGUCUAUGAAGUGAACGGUACCACCUAUUACGGAACUGCCAACAGUCAUAUGGCUUCAGCUUCGGCGAAUAGGCACCACAGAAGACCUUUGCCUGAAGAAUGUGAAAAUGUCAAGGAUGAGAAAAGAAUCAGGAGGCACCACAACGAUGGUCAACGUCGGCAUUCAAGUUUUUACGAAAAACAAUCUGAUGUUGGCUCACCGAGGUGUCCCCAGCAGCAGAGGCCGAACACAAAGAAAUGUAAGAAGCCAUUCCCUAAUGUGUACAAGCCGAUUCGCUCGGCAAGGGACGAACGACCAUCAGAUUGUGGUGCCAAAGAAAGGAAUAACCCCCCUAGGGUGGAAGCCGCUGUUUCGCCAGUGUUCGGAUUGACCGAAGAACGACUGUACAACCUCCUCAUCCAGUUCACCGUAGCUCCGGAGGAUCUGUUUUCCAAUGGUUUUCCACAGGUGGAUAAGGUUAAGAACCAAGUCCGCCUGUACAAACACUGUUUCGGAAAACCUUUCAGGAUCCCGAAGAGAUUGGCUGGUAUUGAGGAGGAUUUUGAUCGGAAUUCACCGACCGCAGUUGAGAGGACCUGCGUUCGGUGUAACGAUCAGUUCUUCGUCAACGAGAACGGUUACUUGACGAAACAGCAGUGCUUCUACCACUGGGGGAAAAUUUCGUACUGUCGCCAUACAUGUUGCGAAAACACUCCGGGAUCCAAAGGUUGCACUUCGUCAAAACACCACGUCUGGAACGGUACAGUGGCGGGGAUCAACGAGCCCCUGCAAGGUUUCAUAAGCACAAAACGCAGCAAAAAAUCGGAGCGUAAGGUUUUCGCUGUAGACUGCGAAAUGUGCUACACCGUGCGAGGCUUGGAACUUUGCAGGGUAACCGUUCUGGGUUUUGACGGUGCCACGGUGUACGACUUUUUUGUGCAACCGGAGGAAGAAGUUGUGGACUACAACACUAGAUUUUCCGGAGUGACCGAAAGUGACGUGUAUGGGGCAAAGUCGAAAACAUUCCAAGAAGUGCAAAACGAUUUAUUGAACAUUAUCCACGAGGACACCAUUCUGAUAGGACACGCAAUGGACAAUGAUUUGCGAGUGCUGAAACUGGUCCGUUCUAAAAUUGUGGACACGUCUCUCAUUUUCCCUCAUGAGCGCGGUUUUCCCUUCAGGAACUCCUUAAAACAGUUGAUGUCAGUUCAUCUGAACAAGGCAAUUCAGACAUCCGAUCAUGGACAUAGUCCAUAUGAGGAUGCUCUGAGUUGCUUGGAGCUGAUAAAGUUCAAAAUACAACUGUACUACGCUGAGAGACGUCUCACAAUUUAA